GGCACCGCACACUCACGUUUGCCAGCCAGCGCUUCAUCUGUUCUUGUGGACCUGUGGUGAACCUCGCCGGGAGGCAGGAAACGGGUUUCUAACUGAUUUUUUUGUGUACUCAGUAGCGUUAUAAAUUGACAGUCGGUCGGAUUAGCUUUUCGUUGGUAAUUCGAAGUUGAGAUUUAAUUCAGUGAUCCCGUGGGUUGCAAGGGUGUAACGUCCAGCGCCGUGUUUUGGGAUUUGUCACCUCCGUCUGACUCGCCUCUUGCGGAGAGAGCGGAUUCACCAGGCGGUCGGAAAUAAAAUAAUAAAACGGGCAGUUGCUAACAAGCGGCUAACCCACCGCUGCCAUAACAAGUCCCACCCUCCCAGUGCGUGGACGUCGUAAGAAGAGAGGCUGCAGCGGAGAAAGUCGAGUAGCUUUUUCUUCCUCCAGUUUGGCCAGCAUCGCUGUGGCAGCUGGCUGGCUAACGAACUCAACAUCCACCAACUGACACGUUAGCUCCUGUCACGCUAACGUCACACUGUCGGGGCUACAUCGGAUAAGUGUCUUCUGAGGAGGCAUACGGUCGCUACACUGGCAAGGAGACGGGCUAAAAAGAAGAGGCGAAAUAAAAGAGAAGAGGGAAGACACCGAGAAGGAGGGGACUGGCUAGUUUGGCCGGGGAGACAUUCGCACAUAGAUAGCAAUCGCCGCCACCGAGUCACACAGCCAUGAGUAUCGAGAUACCGGUGGGGUUGACAGAACUGCUGCAGGGUUACACUGUGGAGGUGCUGCGACAAAGGCCGUCAGACCUGGUGGAUUUUGCGGUACAGUACUUCACCCGCUUGCGAGAUACCAGAAGUCAGGAUGGGGCCGGCGCGGGAAGCAAGCCGGGGAAAGGAGUGAUGUUUGACGGAGAGCCGAUGCAGACAGAGUCCAAUGGAGAAGAUGAUGAAGAUGAUGAUUCUGACUUUGAGCCUCCACCACCCAGCAGAUUCAACAGGAGAGUGUCAGUGUGUGCGGAGGCAUUCAACCCAGAUGACGAGGAGGAGGACACGGAGCCCAGAGUGGUUCACCCCAAAACAGACGAACAGCGCUGCAGACUGCAGGAGGCCUGCCGAGACAUCCUGCUGUUCAAAACAUUAGAUCAGGAGCAGUUCUCAGAAGUGCUGGACGCCAUGUUUGAGUUGCUGGUUCAACCCCAGGAGCACGUCAUCGACCAGGGAGAUGAUGGUGACAACUUCUAUGUCAUAGAGAGGGGUGUGUAUGAUAUCGUGGUAAAAGGAGUGUGUGUGGGUCAGUAUGACAAUAAGGGCAGCUUCGGGGAGCUGGCACUCAUGUACAACACGCCGCGCGCCGCCACCAUCAUUGCCACCCAGGAUGGGGCGCUGUGGGGACUGGAUCGUGCCACGUUUCGUAGACUCAUUGUGAAGAACAACGCCAAGAAGAGGAAGAUGUACGAGUGCUUCAUCGAGUCUGUGCCGCUACUCAAAUCACUGGAGGUAUCAGAGAGGAUGAAGAUAGUGGAUGUAUUAGGACUUAAGCAAUUCUCAGAUGGUGAGCGCAUCAUCAUGCAGGGAGACAAGGCCGACUGCUUCUACAUCGUAGAAUCUGGAGAAGUCAAGAUCAUGAUGAAGAGUAAAACGAAGGCGGACCAAGCAGACAAUGCGGAGGUGGAGAUAACGCGCUGUAGCAGGGGUCAGUACUUUGGGGAGCUGGCCUUGGUCACCAACAAGCCCCGAGCUGCCUCAGCCUACGCAGCGGGCGACGUCAAGUGUUUGGUAAUAGACGUGCAGGCGUUCGAGCGCCUCCUCGGCUCCUGUAAGGAGAUCAUGAAGAGGAACAUCGCCCACUAUGAGGAGCAGCUGGUGGCCCUGUUCGGCUCCAGCAUGGAUCUGAGAGACUGAGCCUCCCACACCGCCCUCCGUGCCUUCUACACACACACACACAUCUGCAUACACACACACACACACACACACACACACACACACACACAAACAUGUACACACACAAACGUGUACAAACACAAACAUGCACACGUACAUGGACACCAUGUAGGCACUGAGAGACGCCCACUCAACUUAGUCUGCUCACCCUUGUGCACAUACUAGCUCAACACACUCCUUGAUAAGCUCACCUUGUAGGUGCACACACACACACACACACACACACACACACACACACACACACACAGCUAAAGGCCACACACCUCGUUGCUUGAGCCAGCUUCAACCUCUCAGUAUGAAUGUCUUUGCUGCAGUGACCAUAAUACAGGUGUAGCAGUGUAAGGACAUGCGCACACACACACUUAUACUCACAUACACACACACCCACACACACACACACACACUGAAUACAUAUACACACCAAAAACACAUCACCAUGCUUCACAUGUGCAGGCUUUGCGUUCACAUAAGCACUUAAAACAACUCAACGUUGUUCCAACAAGCCUCAGCCAAGGACACAUCAACAACAUUCACACACACACAUACACACACACACACACACACACACACUCACACUCAUACAGAUGUUCAAAAAUCACACAGGCACCUGCAUUUGCAAAAACAGACACAUGGUGGGAAAAACAGACAAAUGAAAAAGAAAAAAAAAACUUUAAAAAUCACUGAAAAGGAAAAGUUGAAAAUGCAAAAAAGACAAAAGUUUAAAGGAGACAAAGAAGAGAGAGAGAGAGAGAGAGAGACGUUUUAGAAACAUUUUAUGAAGAUAAACAAAAACAAGCUUUGAUAAAAUAUUAUUUAAAUAAAAAAAGUGUUUCCUCUUUGGGGGGCUGGGGUGCAGACCUUUGUGAGCGCGCUCCACUUCUUCCUCUACUGUCGUUGAUUGAGUUGAGUUGAGUUAGUGCUGGUGAUUAUUACAGUACCACAGAAGAAGUAAAUACAAUAACAACCCCGACAUUUCUGGGCCAUUGUUAUUCUGUCAUUGACACCACACUUCAUUGUAUUAAUUAAUUAUUAAUGUAUUGUUAUUAUUAUCAUUAUUAUAUAUUCAUUUAUUAUUUUGUUUGUUUUACUUUGACCAAUUCAAAUAAAAAGCACCAUCCAUCUCAGACAAAAUGUAAAACAGAGAAAAAUAAAAAUGAAAACAUUAGUGCUUAUUUCUCCUUGAUUAUUCUUGAAUGAAAAAAAAAGAAAAAAAUAAAGCAAACAUUUUGUUAAA